GCCUCUUGUUGUUCCAGGUGAACUUUGCCACGUCUGACAGACAGCACUCAUCAUGAAGAAAGCUACCAGCUCCUUUGGAUUUGGUCAAAUUUGUUCUCCUGCCCCAAUAGCUUUUGGUGAAGCUUCUACGCCCCCCCCAUCAUUUUUAGUCACACCAUUGGAUAUCAAAGAUCCGACCAGCACAGUCUCUCCAGAAACUCCUGCUAAACCUGCAGUGGACUCCCACGAUGGUCCUGAUGUUGCAUCAACGACCACCUCAAAAGAUAAAGGGAAGAAACCUCUGUUUUUUUUUUCAUCUCAAACGACUCCAUGGAGAGACGUGGAGUGGACAGAGGAGCAGAAGACGAGCCUGAUGGAGAUGGUCAGCUCCUACGGACCCAGUUGCAGAGAGGUAACUCAGGCUCGGGUGCUCCUCCUGGGCCCAGUUGGUUCUGGAAAGUCCAGCUUCAUCAGUUCAGUCCAGUCUGUGUUUAAUAAAAGAGUGACUAAUCGGGCCAUGGUGGGCUCCUCCUCCACCAGCUUCACCAAGAAGCUGCAGUCAUUCAACAUCCGUGGGGAGAAUGGAGAGGAUCCUACUGGUCUGGUGCUUUGUGAUGCUAUGGGCCUGGGGGACGGAGAGACGAUGGGACUGACGCUCCACGACAUCCUGUCGGUCAUUAAAGGCCACGCACCUGAGGGACACAAGUUUACCCCAGCCCAGCCGGUGAGGUCAGAGACUGUGGGCUACGUGAAGAAGCCGAGCCUCCAAGACCAGAUCCAUUGUGUUGUUUUUGUGGUGGACGCCUCCAAAAUCCUGACCUACCCCAAAGGCCUCAGCACCACCUUCAGGCAGCUCCGAGAGCACAUCUGUGACCUGGGUCUCCACCAGGUGGCUCUACUCACACACGUCGACCAGAUUUGUUCAGAAACCGCCAAAGAUGUCACUAAAGUUUACAAGAGCGGCAUCAUCCGGGAGACGAUGGGUAAAGCUGGAGCUCUGUUGGGCAUGUCCACCUCCUACAUCAUCCCAGUGAAGAACUACUCGUCUGAGUUGGACGUGGAUGUGAACACUGACGUGCUCCUGCUCAGUGCGGUCGACCACAUCCUGCAGUACGCUGACCUGUACUUCCAGGACAACAAACCAAAAACACUCAAACUGUGAUGCGUAAAAAGUUCACUUCUGAGCUUUUGGAAUAUAUCCUUUGAAUAUUUAAAAGCGGGUGGGUUUUGUGUGGAAUGAGAACUUUUCUGACUUUGCUGACUCCUGGUGGUGACUUCCAAACAUACACACUGUGUUUUUUAACCUUAUUGAAUUUUAUAAAUAAUGUUUUUACUAAAUUCUAAUGCAAAAAAAUUUAAAACUCAGAGAAAGUUUGAUUUGUAAGUGGGUUAAUUCUUUAUUACAAGCAAAAAACAUUCCAAUGAAUUGAAUUGUUCCUGAGUGGCCUACUCGUCUGAAUCAGCACUCUAAAAGGUUGGAAAUUACCUUCAUUGAAUUAAAUAUGAUGACAUAUUCUGACCUGAAUAUGUAGGAAGCUUAUAUAUGUAACUGAAAUGAAAUAAACAUCAUCUAAAGUCUGUAUUUUCUGCAGAAAACGAA